UGUCGCGUAGGAUAGAUGAAACUACGAUGAAAAUGCAGUCAGUUUUACGAUGGAAGUUCAAUUUUUGACAAAGGCAACAGACUACCUAUAAUUUUGGUCAAUCUCAAGAAAACGCGUGCCUUAAUCUAAAUUGUCAAACAGAUAUUACUUCAUUUAGGAGACAACGCUGCUAAUCCUUGACCAAGACGUCACGCAAAGCCUUAUAAAGAUGUAUCGUGCUUUUUGGGAUACAAUAUUUCUCCUCACCGGCUCCCUUUUUACAUAUGGGCAGGUGCAAAAGAAUUCUACCUCAAUGACAACCAUUGCAACAACCACAACAACAACUACCACCUCCAGUACAACAACCACCACCAGCACAACCACAACAACAACUACUACACGUGUCAGAAAAUUUAUAGCAGCUGCUGUCCACUCUCACUUUGAUGACUGUCCCGACUCCCACAGCCAGUUCUGUUUCCACGGCACAUGCCGCUUUCUCAUCCUGGAGGAGACACCUGCUUGUGUGUGUCACCCUGGCUUUGUGGGUAUGCGCUGUGAACAUGCAGACCUUUUGGCAGUGGUGGCAUCUAACCACCGACAGCAGACUGUGGCCACCAUGUUAGUGCUGUGUGUGGUGGGCAGUGUUCUACUCAUGCUGCUCUGCACACUACUAAAUUGUUGGUGGAGGCGGGGUGGAUGUGGACGAGGUAACCCUAUUGCGUGUUGGUCGGAGAAGCCUAGAAGUAUUUUUACGGGUGGGACAUCCUGCUGUCACUCAGAAACAGAAAAUAUUCCCUACACACAAGUGGUUUGACACAUGUUUUCUGAAGCUUACACGGAUGCUCUCUCAAAAUAUUUGUUUCCUGAGACCUCAAUAUCUUCCACUUUACUCCUGGACUACAUAUUGGCCCCAUUUCUCAGCACAGCUGGUAAGCGCAACACAUAUUGGGAGUAUUUCGAUGUGGGCAAUGGGAGAACCCAACCAAAAGUGUAACUUUUAUAUUUAGACAGACUGAGUCAUUCCAAAAAGUUUUUUUUGGAACCACAACAUCAAUGACAAGAACUAAACAAAGAUGGAACUCCAAAACUGAGAACUCUGAAAGAAGAACUCAGUAUAAGUAUGGCACUCGAGUACACAACACAAAAACAUGGUUGUGUCAUUUUACUUCUAAUGGACAUGGGUAAACUGACUACAGUGUGAGAAUUCAUCCAGGUCCCAGUGGUGUAGAAACAGGGCCAUUUGAAAAAGAAAUGGCCAGGAACAGCUGAUCUUGAGGUGAAAAUAUCAGAGAGAAUUCAGGUAUUACUAACAGAGCUUUAACCUACUCUUAAGAUACAGCUAAACAUAUCCUUCUAGGUGUGUAAGACACAUAAAAAUUCUCCCUUUUUUGUCUUUUUAAUAUACCAUAAUAAUAAAAAAAAACACUUAUAAUAUGCCAGUAAUGGGAUGUGAAACUCACUAAAUUAGUUUAAGAUGAUUUUUAACAGGAAUAUAUAUUAAUCACAUUAUUUUAUCACAUCAUGGAUAAAGAAUGGGAGGUUAUUCCAAGACUUUUGUUAACAAUAUUGUCUUUAAUGUCAUUUGAGUAUUUUGGUCAGUCCCGUUGCAUGUAAUAUUAGAACUACAAUAGACUCCCUUCUGAGUCUUUGCCAUUUCUUUUAACUUGAUCUCCUUAUAAUAAUGAUAAAUAAUUGUAAUUUUCAGAGACAAGAGAGACUAUGAAUGGCUUUGAGGGACUAAUAAUAUAAGUUAUAUAACACUUACCCAAAUGGAAUUCAGUUUUUAUAUUUUUUUAUUUUUCGAAAUGCACAGAAUUAUUGAAAACAUUUAAUUUAUGACAUGUAACUUGAUAAGUUAUGAAAGUACUCACAAAUCCCACACAAUCCUCUUGCACAAAGUGUUUGUUCAAAUAAGAUGGAGAACAUUGUUGUAAGGUUUAUGUCAUUGUAGAGUCUGUAAAUGGUUUGUAUAAGGAGUCUCUGUAUGUGCUCUAUAUAUAGUAAAAUUAUCACAUCACAUCAAGAUUAUAAUAUAAUCCACAUCUGCAUUCAUAUUCACAUUGGAAAGAUUGAAUGCAAAGCAUGUUUGAUCACAAAUACAGCCACAUAUUUCACAGUGCACCUUUUGAAUACACAUGCAAAAACACUGUAAACACAGUCACAUUUAAAUAUGUAAUGUGCAGUAAUUGGCUUUCAAUAAGCAAAGACUUGCACAGGCAUGGCAUGCUUUUUUUAUGUAGAUUAUUUGCAUAAAGAACCUUAUAAAAUCACUUUAAUAAUCACUCAUGGUUUUUCCACACUACUUUAAAGUGCUUGAUUCACUGUUAUCAAAAUUACACCAUGCACGUGAUGUUUCACAGCUGUGGGAGCACACAUGCCCAUACAGAGGCUCAAAUCUAUGGUACAAUUAAACAAUAAUGGAAAUUAUAUACAACUUGAUGCAUAUUAUCCUUAUCAACUUCUAAGUAUUAUUCAAGAUAUAUGAAAUGGUUUAAAAAGAUUUCAGUGUAAAAGCUAUGUAAUUUUUUUUUCUUUUUAGUCUAAUUUGUCCCUAAGCUUUUGUCAAUGAUCUCGUGUAAUGAAACAAAUGACAUUUGACCCCUUCGGAUGGUUUUUCCCAGUUCAGAGAUAUUUAAAUAUCUUUACUAUUUAUACAUUCUUUAACAACUACAGAGUUGUCCAAGAUGAAAAUAUGCCACUCAAUCAGAACACUUAGAAGCUGGCAUAUAACUGGUCUGGCAGAAGUAAUGUAAAUAAUAAUUCGGUCUUUUUAGAUUUGGCCAUGUUCUGGUGUCAGAUCAUGUAGCCAAGGGCUAAUGUUUGAUCACUGUGUGGAGUUUCAUAAGAAUUUGAUGGAAUAAUCCUAAAACCCCUGCAAGUGACUAAUCAAAUAAAACAUUUCGAUGGACGGUUAUAGCAUGGGCAACAUUUACGAGUUAUUUUCUUUGUGAAUGAAACUGAAAGGCUGCCUGAUUUUUUUUUUCUUUUUUUCAAUGUUUUGUGUAUUUAUUUAUUUGGCUGACCCUGGGAAGCCACAUGAUAAUCAUUUCAUUUAUGUAAACAACAUUUCAUUCCUAAUUGUAUAAAAAAAUAAUUGAAUAUUCAAUUAAUGUGAAUAAAAAUACUAUGAAUUAGAAAGUUUUCAAGGUAUAUUUCACCCAAAAAUUCAAAUUCUGUCAUCAUUUAUCAAACCUUUUGUCGUUCCAAAACCUUAUCACUCCUUUAGUGGACCAUUAAAAAAACAUAUUACGCAAAAUGUUAGCCUCAGUCACCAUUCAUUUUCCUUUUUUGAAAAACAAAAACAAAAAAACACGCUAAACAUUUGUGUUCCAUGGAAGAAAGAAAGUCGUAUGUGUUUGAAACAACAUUAGGCUGAGUAAAUGAUUACACAAUUUUCAUUUUUGGGUGAACUAUUCAUUUAAAGACAAGGUGCAUUAUUGAGUGUUAAGUUUGAUCAAAUGGUGAAUUGUGUUAUAAUAAGAACAUGCUAACUUUUUUUUUGGUGGGGGGGGGGGAUCUUUGUUGUGAUAAAAUGAGCAUUGGGAUAUUUUAGACUGAGUAGUCUUUGAACGGACAGUUAUUGCAUGAUUUCCAGACAUGGAAUUGCAGUCAUCCAUGAUUAUGAUGUCAUACUCAUAGACUAACGCAUGUUCUGAAUUGUGCUUUACACCAAAUAUGAUGCUCAGUAUUGCAUCCCCAGCUUGUUCCAACUGAAUCCCAUUUAAACGUGGUCAUCCUGGUUAGCUGCUUAUUCACUGACAAAACAGUGGACUGACAUCCUUCUUUUUGAAAUAAGAUCUUGUUAAAGACUUUUCAUGUUGCAGAAAAAAUACUUUUGUAAAUAGUGUGUGGUAAUGGUGUUUUGAUUUGUAUUUGGAGAAUGAGGUGUUCUCUUGACUGUCACGGAUUAUCAGUCAAGCAUGAAAAGAUAUUGAAAUGCUCAGAGGUAGAUUAUCCUGACAUGGCUGUCACAUGCUUGACUGAAUGAUGUUUUGAGUGUUCUUGACCUUUAAUUUUGCAUAUUUUUCCAAAUAACACAAAGUGCUGCAAAUUUUGUUGUGGACUUAUUUGUUCUUGUGAUUAUUUCUAAUUUAAUCUAAACUUUUGAGUGUUUUGGCAGUUUGGGAGUUCAUAGGGGAGAAUGGGGUUAGAUGUGUUAACCCCCUAAUCUCGAGUGACCAUCUAUUUAGAAAGGGCCAAUAGUAU